CACGCGGAAGAAGGUCAGGAACAGCACUGGGAACAAGAUACGGAGCAGCGCUGGGAACAAGAUCAGGAGCAGCACUUGGAACAUAAUCAGGAGCAGCACAGGGAACAAGAUCAGGAGCAGCACUGGAAACAGGAUCAGGAGCAGCACUGGGAACAAGAUCAGGAGCAGCACUGGGAACAAGAUCAGGAGCAGCAUAGGGAACAAGAUCCGGAACAACACUGGCAACAAGAUCAGGAGCAGCACAGG